CGAUCACACAACGCACCAAAAAGCAGGGCCAUUCAAUCUCACUGUUGGUUGUGCUUACAACUCGCUUCUCCGGAUUGGACGAUCAUCUACAUAACUUAUCUGAAAUAGCUGCAAGUACAUGUACAGGUACACGUAGCAUGCGCCAAGUUGUGUCGUGCUGGGGUGGAGCUUGAAAUUCCGAUUCACCAACAGGAUCAACACCGCCGCCAUGUCGACCAUCUCGGAAGUCAUCACCAAGGACCAUCGCGAGCUCGAGCAAUACUACAACGAGGUCGUCAACUCCUCUGACCAUGACCACCAGGAGCGCUUCGGCAACCAGUUUACCUGGGAGCUGGCCCGCCACAGCGUGGCCGAGGAACUGAUCGUGUAUCCCGCCUUCGAGAAGCACAUGGGGAGCAAGGGACACGAGAUGGCCGAAUCCGAUCGCAAGGACCACCACAGGCUGAAGGAGCUGUGGGGCGUCCUGUCGGCGCACAUCAAGGAGGAGGAGGUCCACGACCUGCCGGCGCUGGAGACGGCGCUCCAGUCGGCGGGCGCUGGCGAGUCGGAGAACAUGGCCAAGAAGUUCGGCAGGACCAAGGCCCUCGUCCCGUCCCGGAGCCACCCGAGCGCGGGCGAGAACAAGUACUUUGAGUCGGCCAUGGGCAUGUUGGCCGCGCCCAUCGACCACAUCGCCGACAUCUUCAGGAAAUUCCCCGAUGAGACCAUCAGCCCUAACCCGUCCACCAAGUAG